AUGACUAUUCGUAUGUUUCAUUUUUCCAACCCUCAUGUAUUUUCUAAAAGGUGUCUCUGCUAUGCGGAACCACAGAAUCUCACAGGUGCACUGGAAUUCCUCCUUCUGGGGUUCUCAGAUCAUCUAGAACUUCAGCCUCUAACUUUAAGCCUGUUCCUGGCCAUGUACCUGGUGACCGUGCUGGGGAACCUGCUCAUCAUAUUGGCCGUCGGUUCUGACUCCCACCUCCACACACCCAUGUACUUCUUCCUCUCCAUCCUGUCUAUGGCUGACAUUGGCUUUACUUCUACCACUGUCCCAAAGGUGAUUUGGGACAUUCAAACUCAUUGCAGAGUCAUUUCCUAUGCUGGCUGCCUGAUUCAAUUGUCUUUUUUUUAUUUUUUUGGAUGUUUGGACAGUGUACUCCUAACUGUGAUGGCCUAUGAUCGGUUUGUAGCUAUUUGUCACCCCCUGCACUACACGGUCAUCAUGAACCCCCGCCUCUGUGGCCGGCUGGUUCUGGUGUCUUUUUUGAUCAGCCUUUUGGACUCUCAACUGCACUUCUUGAUAAUAUCACAGCUUUCCUUUUGCACAAAGGUGGAAAUUCCUCAUUUCUUCUGUGACCCUCCACAACUCCUCAAGCUUGCUUGUAAUGACAACUCUACCAAUAAAAUAUUAGUUUAUUUUAUUGGUGCUAUCUUUGGUGGUAUUCCAGUCUCAGGUAUCUUUUUCUCUUACUAUAAAGUUGUUUCCUCCAUUCUGAGAGUCCCAUCAUCAGGUGGGAAGUAUAAAGCCUUCUCCACCUGUGGCUCUCACCUGUCAGUUGUUUGUUUAUUUUAUGGAACAGGCCUUGGGGUGUAUCUCAGUUCUACUGUGUCACAUUCUCCCAGAAUGAGCGCAGAGGCCUCAGUGGUGUAUGCUGUGGUCACCCCCAUGCUGAACCCCUUCAUCUACAGCCUGAGGAACAGGGACAUCAAGAGGGCCAUGCAGAGGCUCCUCAGCAGAACAGCCUAG